AAGAAACAAAUCCUCCUCAACGCCUUCGACAUGUUCACCCCCGGCCAUCUCUCACCAGGACAAUGGAAGAACCCGUCUGACCGAUCCAUCACCAAGUUCGAGUCGCUUGACUACUGGAUCAACCUGGCCAAACUCUUGGAAAAGGGAGGCAUCAACGCGUUGUUCCUGGCGGAUACGUAUGGCGGGUAUGAUACGUACGAGGGUAGCUUGGAUGAGUGCGUGAGGAGGGGGGCGCAGUGGCCGGUGGGGGAUCCUAUCAUUCCCAUUUCCGCAAUGGCGGCCGUUACGAAAAACCUCGCCUUUGGUAUCACGGCUUCCACUUCCUUCGAGCCUGCCUUCUUGCUGGCGAAGCGGUUUUCGACGCUUGAUCAUUUGACCAAAGGCCGAAUUGGUUGGAACAUCGUGACGAGUUGGAAGAAGAGCGCGUUCAAGGCUAUCGGGCUCGACAACCCCAUCGAACAUGACCAGCGGUACGAGCAGGCUGACGAGUACUUGAGGGUGUUGUACAAACUCUGGAACGCCUCCUGGACCCCCUCCGCCAUCCAACUCUCCCCAUCCUCUGACAUCUACAGUGACCCCUCCCAAGUCCGGCAAAUCAACCAUUCCGGAAAAUACUUCCAACUGUCCACCCCGCACAUCGUCCCGCCCUCCCCGCAACGCACCCCCUUCCUCUUCCAAGCUGGCACCUCCUCAGCGGGCUCCGAGUUCGCGACAACUCACGCAGAGGCAGUCUUUGUAUCUUCCCAUUCUCCCUCGGUCUUGGCACCCAAAGUCCAAAAACUGAGAGAGUUGGCGCGACAAAAAGGUCGCGAUCCUGCUAGUUUAAAGGUGUUCGCGACCUUUACUCCCAUUGUUGGCCGCACGGAAGAGGAGGCACAGGCCAAGUACGAAGAAGCGCGCAAAAAUGCCAGUGUCAUUGGUGGAUUGGUUCUCUUUGCUGGAUGGACGGGUAUUGAUAUUAGUCAGUUUGAGGAUCUGGAUCAGGAGAUUUCGGCGUCGGAUUCCAAGGAGAAGAAUAAGAUCUUGUCGAUUCUGGAUAACUUCACCACUCCUUCGGAAGAGGUGCCUAAAUGGACGCCGCACGUAGUAGCGGAACGAGCAGCAAUUGGUGGUCUGGGGCCUGUGGCGGUGGGGACGGCGGAGCAGGUGGCAGAUGAGAUGGAAAGAUGGGUGAGGGAGGCAGAUGUUGAUGGGUUUAAUGUCGCGCAUGUGACGACGCCUGGGACGUUUGAAGAGGUGGUGGAUUUAUUGGUGCCGGAGUUGAAGAGACGGGGGCUGUAUCCGGAGCAAGAAUCUGAGGGAGCGGAGGCAUGGACGGCCAGAGAAAAGGUGUAUGGAAGGGGACAGAAGCAGUUGAGAGCGGAUCAUGUGGGGAGAAAGUAUGAUUGGGAUGUGUAUGUGGAGGAGGAG